AUGCUUUUGCCUCCUAUCAACUUCAAAAAGUGGGUCGAAGAACAUUCUGAUUACCUUCAACCACCUGUCAACAACUUUUUGUUGUUCAAGGGAAAGGAUACAAUUAUCAUGGUAGUCGGUGGUCCAAAUAAACGUACCGAUUAUCAUAUCAAUGAAACAGAGGAAUGGUUCUACCAGGUCAAAGGAAGCAUGACUAUAAAGGUCGUCGAUGAUGGUGUCUUUAAGGACAUUUGCUUAAAUGAGGGUGACAUGUUUCUCCUGCCUCCCAAAGUACCCCACAACCCUGUCCGCUACCAAGACACCAUUGGACUUGUUAUUGAACGAGUUCGCCUUCCGCAUCACACAGACAGUCUGCGUUGGUACUGUGAGGGAUGCAAAGAUAUAUUAUACGAAGAAAGCUUCCAUUGUGUUGACCUUGGAUCACAGCUAAAGCCAAUUAUCGAGCGAUUUGCAACAAGUAAAAAAUUGCGGACAUGUAAAAAAUGUGGUGUACUCAAUUCCACGAAAUAA